UGGUUUUGCUGGGCGGGCGGGCCACAGCAGAGCCUGGCCUGCCUUCGAUACCACCGAGAAGCAGAUCGAGGAAUCCUCCGCGCCAGCCAAGCCUGAAGCCAGCCAGCAGCCACCGCUCGUCUCCCCUCUUGGAUCCCGAGGACGAAAUGGCAUCCACUGUCGCCUUGCUGAAAACAAACGCAUGCGAUUCUUGGGGUUCCCCGCCGCGCGGUCCUAUCUAAGCUAGCGAUCCACACCGACGGACAUUCUCCUCUCCGCCCGGGCCCCCAAUCUCCGUCGUAUAUUAUAUAUACACACACACGCGCGCGCUUGUUCCGCUUGCUGGUCCUCCAUCCUUGUUCUUCUUGUCCUUGGUUUGCUCGAUCGAUUGCUUGGCCGCCGGACCCUCGCCGGAGAUGGACAACGGGCACGCCAAAUACCGGGUGGCGGUCAUUGGCAGCGGCAACUGGGGCAGCGUCGCCUCUCGCCUCAUCGCCUCCAACACCGCCAAGUUGCCCUCUUUCUAUGAUGAGGUAAGGAUGUGGGUGUUUGAGGAGAUACUGCCAACAGGCAAGAAGCUAUCUGAGUCCAUUAACGAAGAAAAUGAGAACUGCAAAUAUUUGCCAGGUAUAAAGCUUGGACCAAAUGUUAUUGCUGAUCCCGACUUGGAGAGUGCAGUCAAAGAUGCGAACAUGCUGGUUUUUGUGACUCCCCAUCAAUUUGUGGAGGGUAUAUGUAAGAAGCUCGUGGGGAAGCUAAGGCCAGGAGCUGAAGCUAUCUCCCUCAUCAAGGGUAUGGAGGUCAAGAUGGAAGGGCCGUGCAUGAUAUCUAAGUUAAUUGCAGAUACACUUGGAAUCAAUUGCUGUGUCCUCAUGGGGGCAAACAUUGCAAAUGAGAUUGCUGUUGAGAAGUUCAGUGAAGCAACAAUUGGAUAUAGGAAAGAUAAGGAAGUGGCAAACCGAUGGGCUAAACUUUUUACCACACCUUACUUCCUAGUUUCUGUUGCAGAAGAUAUUGAAGGAGUUGAGCUGUGUGGGACUCUCAAAAAUAUUGUGGCUAUUGCAGCAGGCCUUGUUGAUGGCUUGGAUAUGGGAAACAAUACAAAGGCGGCAAUUAUGAGGAUUGGUUUGCGGGAAAUGCGUGCAUUCUCUAAGCUUCUGUUUCCUUCAGUCAGAGAUAACACAUUCUUUGAGAGCUGCGGUGUGGCUGACCUAAUAACUACAUGCCUUGGCGGAAGAAACAGAAGAGUGGCUGAGGCCUUUGCGAGAAAUGGUGGCCAAAGGUCUUUUGAUGAGCUAGAGGCAGAGAUGUUGCAUGGCCAGAAACUCCAGGGAGUGUCCACAGCAAGAGAAGUUUAUGAAGUCUUAACUUAUCGAGGGUGGCAGGAGCUGUUUCCUCUGUUAUCAACAGUGCAUGAGAUUUGUAUUGGACAAUUGCCUCCUACAUCAAUAGUUGAAUAUAGUGAGCACACGCCCAACCUCUCGCUCAUUGGUGGUCCUACUCCAUUCUACCGAGCUUGAUACUACAGUUUGGACUACUGCUACAAUUCUCAGUAUCAAGCUUUGGAUAGGAGCGCUUGGAGACUAGCUAUCAACGUGCCUGAACCAUGACCUUUGUGUCUUUUGGGUUUCAUCUCUAGCCUACCCCAACUCGCUUGGGACAAAAGGCUUUGUUGUUGUUGUUGUUGUACUUGUUAUAAACAAAGCAAGUUGGAAUAUACUGAAUAUCUGAAUCUUUUUUUUACAUAUGACUACGGUUUCAGGCAUGUUACCUCAUUAAGUGCAUGAUUUGUGAGUCCAUGCUUCUGUAUCCAGUUGGUUCAAAGUUGGUUGCCUAUUAAUCUUACAUAUAAACCAGUGAAUGGGAACCAAUAUUAUAGUUUGUACUCAUGAAAUACAUGGUAUGAUCUAUAAGGA